GUGUCAGGGUUUGGAAAACUCAGGAGGAGGAGCAGGAAAGGGGAAAGCAGAGUUGAAACAGGUCUCGGUCCAUACGCUCGGAGUCAGGAUCUAUGGGCUGGAGAAGGAACUCCAAAACCAGAUCAAGUCUGGAGGAUCAAACUACUCGUUCUAAAGUUUUGAAGACGCCUACACAGAGUGAAACCUCAACUGAUUCACCUCAGCUUCCUAUCAAAUCGGCUCUGAAAUCAGGUUCCAAGAGCAAGCAGACUGGGCCACGGGUGGUUAAGCUAAUGCCCUCGGUUCACUACCACCUAAUUCACCUUGACCACAAACUGGAUGGAGGCUCUCACCAAGAAAACGUUCAAGCCGAUGAGCACCUUAGUGUCACUCUCAAUGCCUCACCACAGGUGCUUCCAGUCACCUCAGGACUGACUUCUUGUAUCAGACCAUCCUCUCUCAGGUAUACUUCAGCUAUGCUGACCACGGACCUUCAGGCUUUAACAAUAUGGGACACUGCUGGAGACACAGUCACUGGUCAUUUAGCAAGUGAUGGUGUCUACAGGGAUCCCAGAAGCGUUUCCACAACCCCUGUUCCCUCAGAAUGCCGACCAACCCUAAGAGCUACGUCCAAGUCAGAUCUGAGGGCAGAACUUCUGAGAUCAGAGCACCGAAAAUUUGAAAUGCUGUGUGAUGAUAGUUUGACUGGGUGUAGGAGAGCAGGGGUGCGGGAAACAAGGCCUAAAUUAUCCCUUCGUCGCUUUUUCUCAGCUAUGGGACUAAACAGUGUAGGUAAACUGGUGAAUGGCAGGCGCUACAACAGCAUGGAGCAUCUGUGUUUUCCCACUGGCCGCUACAGUUCUUCUGCCUCCCCCAGUCCAACACACAGAGGCCUGAUCCCUCUGCAGAGAACUCCAUCUCUCCAGUCUCUGCAUGUACAGUCUCCUCUGACUCAAUUGCGCAAAGUCUCUUCUGUCCAAAGUCUCCAGUCCCCAAAGAGAAAGUUUGAAAGUUCUACUAUACUAGGAGAGUUACCACUACCACUGAGUUUGGCAUCCAGGGAGCUUGAGAAAGAUGAGGCACUAGAGGAUUCUCGCGAAACCGGUCCUCUAGGACGCCUUGUCCAAGCUUUUCCUGAUGGAACUUUGCUCAUUGAGCUCAUCAGACCUGCCAACGCACCCUUUGGCUUUGUCAUUUCCAGGGGUAAAGGAAGACCUGACUCAGGUAUAUAUGUGGAACGGGUUGGAGACAGUCCCACCGAGAACAUCUACACUGGACUACUGGGUGUUGGAGAUGAGAUUCUAGAAGUGAAUGGGAAAAUUAUUGCUGGACUGACCUUAGAUCAGGUUACAUGCCUUAUGACCCGUGAGAGCAAAGCCAAGAUACGAAUUUGUCCAAAUUCCUGGAUUAAGCACUGAUGUACAACAAAAAUGACAGGGGAUUUAUGAAAAGGAUGACUGACAGAAAAUUUUGAACCGUGAUUGAACUGUCAGUAAAAUUGUCCAGUCAUAAGUUAAGAGCAUGUAGAAUGACAAUAUGUUGUUUACAGAGCAAUGAAAUAAAAAAACAACCUGGUGGCUUUUAACAUUCCGGCCACAUGGUCUCUUUCUUAUUAUUAUAAUCAAAUUUUAAUGGCUCAUGUUAGGAGGCAGACAAACUGAUUAAAUUAACAAUUUGAUAAAUGCUACAGUUAUAUAAUUAUGGAAGCAUAUUGGUAGCAAUUAUCAAAUUGAAAUGCAAUUUGCAAAAUGGCAAUGCAGUAUGUAAAAUGACACGCAAUGAUGCUGUAUCAGGGAGGGGGCGUGGCCAGCUCGAAAUGCAUUUUCAAGUCCACAUUGAAUUUUGCAACACUCGGUAGCUGUGUGUAAUGAAAAUGCAAUCCCAAAUGUUCAACCUGUUAAUGUUAAUGCAUUUAGAGAAAGUAACAUUUGAAUUAUCAUUUUGCUACAGUUUUGCUGGGCUAUCUUAAACACAUAUACUCAAUCCGGGGAAUGCAUUUUCAUUUGAAUUUUGCAACUUAAAGAGAGUUAAAAUAUGUUUAAAAUACAUAUUAAAAGUAGUGUAGGAACGGACAAAUGUCAAUUGUAUUAUUGAAUUUUCAUUUACAUUUUGCACCUAAUGUUGCACAUAUGUUGUUUUAAAUGUAUAUUUAAAGACAUAAAUGCAUUGCCAUUUUGAAAAUUGCAUUUCAAUUUGAUAAUUGCUACCAAUAUGCUUCCAUAACCUAUCACUUCGUCUGGCGGUAAUUUUAAAUGAGUGUUAAACCCGGAAGUUCACAGGACGUGAAGAUUAACUGCAGAUUGUGCUCAUUUCAGCGUCUUUU